GAGUCAGAAUUCUAAAAAAAAAUUAUCUACACAAAACCUUGUUGCUUUCAUUAUCUAGAGAAAAGUUUGUAAUUAUAAUCACCUGUUAAUUCUAGACUCUUAAUUCUGCAAGUUACUGUAAGGACAUGGAUUUUGAAGAUGACAGCAACUCUGAUUCUAUGGAAACAGAAAUUAGUUUAAGGAAAAUUAACGACGUGGUGGGGUUGAAAGAUUUUUGUAAAAAGGCAGCUACUAUGUUUUUUAAUGAGUAUGGUCUAAUUAGUCAUCAAAUUAACUCAUACAAUAAUUUUAUACACAACGGCUUACAAAAGACUUUAAAUUCAUUUGGUGAUUUGGUUGUUGAGCCUGGUUAUGAUCCCUCAAAGAAAACUGAUAAUGAAUGGAGACAUGCAUCAGUUAAAUUUGGAGAACUUAGUUUGGAAAAACCAAGUUUUUGGGGCGGUAAUGAUGGUUCUGAUGAACAUAAUAUGCUUCCUAGACAUGCAAGACUUCAAAAUAUGACUUAUUCCUCUCGGAUUAAGGUUAAUGUUAGUGUUGAGGUCUAUGUACAAAAGAUUGUUAGAAGUGAUAAGUUUAAGACAGGGAAAGAUCAGUAUGUUGAUAAAGAAGUUCUUAGUACCGACGAUCGGACUAUCAUAAUCGGGAGGUUGCCUGUGAUGGUUAAAUCUGAUCUUUGUUGGAUGAGAACUGCUGAGAAAGGUGAUUGUGAUUUUGAUCUUGGAGGAUAUUUUAUCAUCAAGGGUGCUGAGAAGGUUUUUAUAGCACAAGAGCAAAUGUGUUUAAAAAGACUUUGGGUUUCAAAUAAACAAGGGUGGACAGUUUCAUAUAGGUCUGAGGUUAAGAGGAAUAGAUUGAUUGUUAGGUUGGCGGGGCUUUCGGAAAAUGAAGAUAGUAAUGUAGAAAAGAAUGGUCUGAAUGUGUUUUUUAUGUCAGCAAACAUUCCUCUUUGGAUACUGUUUUUUGCUCUUGGUGUAUCGUCGGAUAAAGAAAUUAUAGAUUUGAUUGGUCAUAAUUCUAAUGACUCUAGGAUUGUGAAUAUCUAUUUUGCCUCAAUUCGGUAUGCGGAUGAGACAUGUGAAAGGUUUCGUAAGGGAAAGGAAGCUCUUGAUUAUGUUAAUAAACAAAUACGCGGAACUUUAUUUCCACCUGGAGAAUCUGAAGACUGCUUCGAGUUGUAUUUAUUUCCAAGUCUUCGUGGUCUUAGGCAAAAAGCUCGAUUUCUUGGCUAUAUGGUAAAAUGUCUUUUACAAUCUUAUAUUGGCCAAAGAAAGUUUGAUAACAGGGAUAGUUUUAAAAACAAGAGAUUUGAGCUAGCUAGUGAAUUACUUGAGCGAGAGCUCAGAGUUCAUAUUGCACAUUUAAGAAGGCGCAUGACCAAGGCUCUGCAAAAAGACCUCUAUGGAGAUCGUGAUGUGCGUCCAAUUGAACAUUAUCUGGAUGCCUCCAUAGUCACCAACGGUUUGUCUAGAGCGUUCUCCACUGGAGGAUGGUCACAUCCAUACAAGAAAAUGGAAAGGAUUUCUGGCGUUGUUGCAAAUCUUGGGCGUGCAAAUCCAUUGCAAACAAUGGUUGAUCUGCGGAAAACAAGAUGUCAGGUUCAAUACACAGGAAAGGUUGGAGAUGCUAGAUUUCCGCAUCCAUCUCAUUGGGGUAGAGUGUGCUUCCUUUCUACUCCGGAUGGUGAAAACUGUGGACUUGUAAAGAAUUUGGCUGCUACUGGAAUUGUUAGCACAAACAUAUCAGAACCUUUAAUUGACGAAUUAGUUUCUCGUGGAUUGGAGAAGGUUCCCGACGAUUGCCAUUCUAAGCUGGACGACAAAUAUAAAGUAUUUCUUAAUGGGGAAUGGGUUGGAGUUUGUGAAGAAUCCAGCUUGUUUGUUUCUGAGCUUAGACGCCUGCGGCGGAGGAACAAGUUGCAUCAACUGGUGGAAAUCAAAAGAGAUGAAGAACAAAAAGAAGUACGUAUAUUUUCUGAUGCUGGAAGGAUUUUACGACCCCUUUUGGUUGUUCAGAAUUUGCAUAAGAUAGAAUCAUUUAAAGGGGGGAAUUACACCUUUCAAUCACUUCUAGAAAAUGGAAUUAUCGAGUUUGUUGGAACUGAAGAGGAAGAGGAUUGCAAUACUGCAUGGGGUAUCGAACGUCUUUUGUCGGGAUUUGAUGAGAAUCAAUCUCUGAAGUAUACUCACUGUGAGCUUGAUAUGUCCUUAUUAUUAGGCUUAAGUUGUGGAAUCAUUCCCUUUGCCAAUCAUGACCAUGCGAGAAGAGUUCUCUAUCAGUCCCAGAAACAUUCUCAACAAGCUAUUGGUUUUACGACAACAAAUUCAAAUAUUCGAGUGGACACUCUAUCUCAUCAAUUGUAUUAUCCUCAAAGGCCACUUUUUCGGACAAUGACUUCUGAUUGUCUUGGAAAACCUGGAAACUCACGAGGUCAGAGUGUAAUGGUACCAAAACCUGAGUUGUAUAAUGGUCAAAAUGCUAUUGUUGCAGUCAAUGUCCAUCUAGGAUACAACCAAGAGGAUUCUUUGGUAAUGAAUCGUGCUUCUUUAGAGCGUGGCAUGUUUCGAUCUGAACAUAUAAGAAGUUAUAAGGCAGACGUUGAUAAUAAAGAAUUAUUAGACAAGAUGCCAAAGCUUGAUGAUAAUGUAAAUUUUGGAAAGAUGCAAAGUAAAUUUGGACGCGUUGAUAGCCUUGACGAUGAUGGUUUUCCUUGCAUUGGUGCCGAUCUUCAAAGUGGUGAUAUUAUUAUUGGAAAGUGUGCUGAUUCUGGGGCUGAUCACAGUAUGAAACUGAAGCAUACUGAAAGGGGCAUGGUACAUAAAAUUGUUUUGUCAUCUAAUGAUGAAGGGAAGAAUUUUGCUGUCGUGUCUCUGAGACAGGUUCGUUCUCCAUGUCUUGGAGACAAGUUUUCAAGCAUGCAUGGACAAAAGGGUGUUCUGGGAUUUCUGGAGUCCCAAGAGAACUUCCCUUUUACAAGACAGGGAAUAGUUCCUGAUAUCGUUAUAAAUCCGCAUGCUUUUCCUUCACGACAAACUCCUGGACAACUUUUAGAGGCAGCUUUGGGAAAGGGAAUUGCUUGCGGCGGAUCAAUGAAAUAUGCCACCCCUUUCUGCACUCCGUCUGUUGAAGCUAUCACAGACCAGCUUCACAGGGCUGGAUUUUCAAGAUGGGGCAAUGAGAGAGUCUAUAGUGGUCGAACUGGGGAAAUGGUCCGUUCUCUCAUCUUCAUAGGUCCAACGUUCUACCAGCGAUUGAUCCACAUGGCUGAAGACAAAGUAAAAUUCCGCAACACCGGGCCUGUCCACCCACUCACGAGACAACCAGUUGCAGAUCGCAAGCGAUUCGGUGGCAUCAAGUUUGGUGAGAUGGAGCGCGACUGCCUCAUAGCUCACGGUGCAUCUUCCAAUCUGCAUGAGCGCCUUUUUACUCUCAGCGAUUCUUCACAGAUGCACAUCUGCCAGAAAUGCAAGAAUAUAGCAAAUGUAAUUCAGCGUGCAGUGCCUGGGGGUCGCAAGAUUCGGGGUCCCUAUUGCCGAGCUUGCGAGUCAGUUGAUGGAAUUGUGAAGGUUGAUGUACCUUAUGGGGCAAAGUUAUUGAGCCAGGAGCUUUUCAGCAUGGGCAUCGGUUUGAAGUUUGAAACUCGGGUUUGCUGAGCUUGUAUUUUGCUGGUUUUGAAAAUCCACUUUUGGUUUACGGAGUACGUUGCAUGGAAUGGUCAUUUUCCGAAUGUAAAUAUUCCGCUGCUAGUGAAGAUCAUCCAUCAAUGUCUAUGGUGGAAGCUAGUCUAGAAUUCUGCAAGUUGAUUUUGCACUGUAUCUAGUGUUUUACUAUUUUAUUUCAGUACUACUUUUAGGCACAAUAUAUGAUUAUAUAAUUAGUAGUAUUAAAUCUAGGUUCGCUUGCGUUUUCAGGUGGUACUAUGUACAAUUAGUUCUUAGUAACAUUAGAUUAACUAAAUAAAAUAUAUUUAUAGGGUCUAAA